GCAACCGAUCUCGGAUGCGAAACCGAUUAGUUGCACGCGCUUUCUCCUCGUCUCCGUGGACGGAAAGCCUCUCGGAGGCCAGACGAAGUCAGUUCCGGCGAAACCGGAGCAACCGGACGACGUGGCCCGAGCAGCUGGCGAGGCCAGCCCAACCCAGUCAGCAAGACCCCGCUCCCCUAGGCCCCCCUUCGGACGUUUUGAAAUGUCGAGAUUCCCGUUACAAAACUUGAACCCCAAGCCAGAGUCAGAGCCAGAGCCAGAGCCAGGGCAGGGCCCGAACGGGGAAUAACAGACGUCGGGUGAGGGGGGAGGAAGGAGACGGAAGCCGUCGAGGAGGAGUCCGUUCAGGAGAGGAAAGCAGAGGACAAGGGCACGGGGGGGCGGGGGGCUGGAAGCAAUGGCAUCACGGCAGCGAUCGAUCGAUCGUCAGCAUCGGGCGGUCGUGUCUGGUCCUGUCCUCUCGCAUCGUGCGCACUCCCGGGCAACGUCCUCGGACUGCAAUCAAUGCCACUGGGCAGGGCGGGCAGCCCCCAGAGAGAACCGAUAGGCCGAGCAGGAGAAAGGGCCGGGAGAGAGAGAGGAGGCGAAUCAUUGAGCGGAGGAGAAGAAGGAGGCAAGGCCGGACAGAGGAGGGAGGAAGGAAGGAGGGAGGGAGAGAAAGCAGAGAGCAGUGGCGGGGUGAGCUUUUUCUUGAAUUCCUAUGGGAAGGAGAAAUUGGUCCCGGAGUGGUGAGGGCUGCUGCUUCUGCUUCUGCUGCUGCUGGUGGUAGUGGAGGUGUCGGGCUUGGUGCUGCUGCUGCUACUGCCUGUCUGCUCCUGCGUCGUCUGGUUCUACAGUGCCCUGUGGUAGCGGAGGACGGGGAGGCGGGAGGGAAAGCAGGAGAGCAGUGGGGUGGGAGGAGGAGGAGGAGGAUGAGGUGUUAGGCAUCCAUGUACAGACAGAAGAAGGAAAAUUUCACCUUAUUCGGAGCAUAAUUUGGUUCCGUAUUGUGCCGAAGAAAAACUGGAUUAUGAGUUCUGGAAUUUUGCGUAGGCGUGUGCACCAUGAAGAUGUGGGAGGCGGAAAGUAUGAGCGAGUGUUGUCAAAUGGAUCGGAUGGCGUAAGCGAGCCGCUUUUAGGUGCCGAUUACUACGAUCAAAGGUCGCGCCAAGCUUAUUAUACAUAUGGAUUCAUUAGACUGGCUGCGAGAUGGUGUCCAUGUUGGCCAAGAACUAGUGACGAAGACGACGACGACGUGAGGGGCAGGAGUAAGGCUGAUCAAGUGUGGUCCAAUAUCUUCUCUCGAUUGUUAGUCCAGUGGGCUCAAUGGUUCACAAAUGUGGUUGUCGGUUCAGGAGCUCUUUUGGGAACAGUGUUUUUCCGAGUACUCCGGCGGCCCGGGCAUGGUGAAAGAACAAUGAUAGCAGACUUAUCACCACUUCAGGCUCGCGCCUGGAGAAAGCAGAAGUGGGGACAGUGUCUAAAUAAUCGAGUAGAGAAGAAAACUCAAUCUUUGAAGGCUGAAAAAAUCAAGUCCUCGAAGGAUAAGAAAACACAAUCUUCGAAGGCUCACAUGGAGAUGGAAAGACGACUUCAGCAGCUACAAGACAAGUUGCAUGUGCCUUUUGAUGGAGCUCUACCUGAACACCAGGAAGCCCUGAAAUCUCUUUGGCGAGCAGCGUUUGCAAACCGUGAAUUGCCAGGACUUGUAUGUGAGGAAUGGAAAGAGAUGGGUUGGCAAGGAAAUGAUCCUUCAACUGAUUUCAGAGGGGGUGGAUAUGUAUCACUAGAGAAUCUUCUAUUCUUGGCCCACAAAUUUCCUCGAUCUUUUCAGCGGUUGUUGCAUAAAAAAGAGGGCAAGAGGGCAACAUGGGAAUAUCCAUUUGCCGUUGCUGGUCUCAACAUUACAUUUAUGCUAAUCCAGAUGCUCGACCUUCGGGCAGCUGUACCAAGUACACCAGCUGGAGUCACCUUCUGCAAGAUUCUUGCAGAGGACGAGGCAGCAUUUGACAUGCUCUAUUGCGUUGCAUUCGAAAUGAUGGACGCACAGUGGCUUGCCAUGCAUGCAUCUUACAUGGAAUUCAAUGCUGUGUUGCGGGCUACACGUACUCAACUUGAGAGAGAGUUGAUGUUGGAGGACGUGAACCGGGUGGAAGACCUGCCAGCUUACUCCCUUCUGCUGGCAGAUUAGAAAAAGCUGUAUACAAGUUCGUGUUUUGGCUCAGUCGUCAAUGUAAGCUCUUCAGACCAGUCUCUGAACGGUUGACACGGCUGAUUGUUUCAGGGUGCCACAACUGUGUACUCCAGGUGCCACCCACCAGCCUCUAAUUAAAUAAAUCCGUCCCAAGGAGAAAGCGCUCAGUCAACUUCAUGGCUGGAUCAUUGUCAUUGCCCAAUCCAAGGUGACUUGGAUGGUACUCCUGCCACGAGAAAGUCAAAAUAUCUCCCAGAUGACAUCAUCACGCUUUCGGUGCUAACGAUGAAAGAGGUGCAGGUAUUUAUGUGAUGUAGUAAAUAUUCCCCUGUACAGUAUUACCCACAUUGCAGUCACGAUUCUGUUUGGAUAACCACAUUUUUCUGAUCCAUUUGCUGUAGACAGGAUAUUGCCCCGAGCUCCAAAUCGGGGUCGCGUUAAAUCUCUAACCCCGAGCCAAGUCUAGCUAAGUCCAGCAUCGUCGUGUAGGUCUAUCAUUAUUUUACACGGUUGAACUUAUUAUUUUCGAGACCCCGCCAAGGAUCCCGGUGUGAGUGUAUGUAGUGGUUGUUUGUUCUCUUGUUGAGAAACAUUUGAGGAAUACCAUGAGAUCCAGGUAAUAAGUUUCAGCACAGGCUGCGAUAAUCGUGGUUCCAGUUUUAUCCCCUGCGCUAUUUGUCGUGCAUACUUUUGAAUAUGCUGGCACUUCCGACGUGCCUCUUCUUGUGUUUCUGACUAAGGUUACUCUUCGUUAUCUGUUGAGUGGAGCUGUUGAUUUCACUUGACAAUCUCUAUAGCAGUUAUUGCCUGAAUGGUUUUCCCGUGCACCUUCAGUUAUAAAAAUCGGAACACACGAUCAUUGCUGGAUU